UAUGUCUGUGGUAAUGGUGAGGGGUAGUAGAAAGCACAGAGGGCUCUGGGUCAGGUUGUUUCCAGUUUUGGCUCUACUCCUCACAGUCUGUGUAUCUUCAGGGAAGUUGCUCAGUUCUCAAAGACUCAGUUGCCUUGUCAGCAUCAUCCCUGGCCAACCUCUCAAUGGGGUUAUUGUAAUGUCUAUAUAUGAUGACAUUGUUCUUAGCUAACUUUUAUUUAGCACUUAUUAAAUACCAGGCGGUGUCCUGGAUGCUUUGUGUGGAUUAUCUCAGCUAAUCCUCACGAUACCUCUCUGAGAUAUGUUCUUUGUUACUUUCCUGUGACAGAUGAGGAAAUUGAGGCAUAGAGAUGUUAAGUAACUAGACCAAGUUUAUGUAUCUACCAAGUGGUAAAGCCAGGAAAGUAGCCAGAGUCUAGAACCAGUACUCAACCAUGGUUCUAUAAAAUGUCUUUUUUUAAGGUGUCUAUAGACUGUAAAGUGCCCCGAACAUGUGAGGUCCAGGCUGCAAAGAUGUGCCUGGCCCUGCCCACCCGUGUAACGGUGAAUAGGGAAAGGAGGGGGCGACAUGGAGAUUUUGCAGGGAGGAGAGAGAUGGUUUCCUAGGGGGUCUGGCCAGGACUGAAGAUAUGGAAUUGUGUUUUGGGGCCAUAUUUCUGAAUGUUGGCUAUCAUUCUACUGUUGGGCUACCUGGCCUAUCUUAAGAGGGUAGAGUGGGGUAAAGUCACUGUUCUGCCAGUGAAGUAAGCCCAGUGCAGAAAAGACAGGCGUCCCUAGGCCCAAGGGAACUAGAUCCAUACCAUACUCAGUGGAGCCAUAGGUCAGACCCCAGGCCAACCUUGUUGGCUGUGUAGGGGCAGGAACCCUGGUCUUUUGGUUCCUAGCCCAUGAUAGAUGGGCCAGUGAAUGAAAGCAGUAUGGUUACAUAGUCCCUUGGAGACCUCUCAUUAGAAUGCAUAAUCUUCUUAAAUUAAAGAAUUCUAAUUAUAAAAGUAAUACAUGGUUAUUGAAGAAUUUUUGUGAAAUACAGAAGCGUAGAAAAUAAACCAUGUCAUUGGGUCUGAGAUGCUAGGAGGCAAGGCCAAGAGUACAAGGGGCAGAUGACUGAGGUGGACUGGGCCUUGUGCUACAAGAAGAAAGAAGGGCUCUCUGCUUUUGACUACUGCCUUUAGUAAUCCAGUUGAGUCUGAUACUCUUGGGUUUUACAACCUGGCCCCUUAUAACAACCAUAAAGGUGAAGGGUGACUAUGGCAACCUUUGCCAGCCUUGUGGGAGGGGGCUAGCGUACUUGGCUUGCUUUGCUAUGUGUGUGAAGUUGCCUCCAUUACUGCCCUUCCCUUGCUGCCUAUUGGGCAGGGCCUGCCUCCUCUGGCUCAGUGUGAGAUUGAAAGCUAGGCCCUAAUCACAUGAAUUUGGACCCUGAGUCCAGAGUUUAGAGAGAGGGGGGAGAAAGAAGAGCACCAGAAAGGUAGACGAGAGACCGUUAUUUUGGCUGUGUUGGAGGCCCUAGGUAGCUGAUCACUUUGAAGUGUCACUUGAUGCUUAUGGGCCUGCUGAGGCCUUACAUCCUGGGGGAGAGGGGAACAGUGAUGAUGAGUGGGUACAGACUAGGAGGACCUGUCAAGACUGCUUCCAGCCCUAGGACAGUGUACUCGAGAGUUGAGUGCUGAGGGUCUGUGGCGUAGACCCAGCCCUUAGUUCCUGGCCCAGGUGAAGCAGGGGGGCACUAGGACCCAGAGGCUAGCACGGUUCCUGACAAGUCUAGAGCAGCACUAGCGCAGAGUGAGACUCAUCAGCUGGCAAGCAGGAUUCUGUGUCUCUGGGUUCAGGAAUCCUCAGGCAGCAGAGGGGACUUGCUCCUUAGCCCCCAUCACUGCCCCCACCCCUACCCGUGUAGGCCACCGAGUGAGGCCCAUGGACUGGGGAGGGCUGUGCCUGACGACUCCUGUGUCCCUCUAUGAGGGCCCAGCGCCCUGACCCUUCUGCAUAGGUUUCUACCUUUUCUCUCUGUCUUUGGCCAGCUGGGGGAGGGGGUAGAGGCCGGGUGAGCAACAUGGCACAGAGCAAGAGGCACGUGUACAGCCGGACGCCCAGCAGCAGCAGGAUGAGUGCGGAGGCAAGCGCCCGGCCUCUGCGGGUGGGCUCCCGUGUAGAGGUGAUUGGAAAAGGCCACCGAGGCACUGUGGCCUAUGUUGGAGCCACACUCUUUGCCACUGGCAAAUGGGUAGGCGUGAUUCUGGAUGAAGCAAAGGGCAAAAAUGAUGGAACUGUUCAAGGCAGGAAGUACUUCACUUGUGAUGAAGGGCAUGGCAUCUUUGUGCGCCAGUCCCAGAUCCAGGUAUUUGAAGAUGGAGCAGAUACUACUUCCCCAGAGACACCUGAUUCUUCUGCUUCAAAAGUCCUCAAAAGAGAGGGAACUGAUACAACUGCAAAGACUAGCAAACUGCCCACCCGCCCAGCCAGUACUGGGGUGGCUGGGGCCAGUAGCUCCCUGGGCCCCUCUGGCUCAGCGUCAGCAGGUGAGCUGAGCAGCAGUGAGCCCAGCACCCCGGCUCAGACUCCGCUGGCAGCACCCAUCAUCCCCACGCCGGUCCUCACCUCUCCUGGAGCAGUCCCCCCGCUUCCUUCCCCAUCCAAGGAGGAGGAGGGACUAAGGGCUCAGGUGCGGGACCUGGAGGAGAAACUAGAGACCCUGAGACUGAAACGGGCAGAAGACAAAGCAAAGCUAAAAGAGCUGGAGAAACACAAAAUCCAGCUGGAGCAGGUGCAGGAAUGGAAGAGCAAAAUGCAGGAGCAGCAGGCCGACCUGCAGCGGCGCCUCAAGGAGGCGAGAAAGGAAGCCAAGGAGGCGCUGGAGGCAAAGGAACGCUAUAUGGAGGAGAUGGCUGAUACUGCUGAUGCCAUUGAGAUGGCCACUUUGGACAAGGAGAUGGCUGAAGAGCGGGCUGAGUCCCUGCAGCAGGAGGUGGAGGCACUGAAGGAGCGGGUGGACGAGCUCACUACUGACUUAGAGAUCCUCAAGGCUGAGAUUGAAGAGAAGGGCUCAGAUGGCGCUGCAUCCAGUUAUCAGCUCAAGCAGCUUGAGGAGCAGAAUGCCCGCCUGAAGGAUGCCCUGGUGAGGAUGCGGGAUCUUUCUUCCUCAGAGAAGCAGGAGCAUGUGAAGCUCCAGAAGCUCAUGGAAAAGAAGAACCAAGAGCUGGAAGUUGUGAGGCAACAGCGGGAGCGUCUGCAGGAGGAGCUCAGCCAGGCAGAGAGCACCAUUGAUGAGCUCAAGGAGCAGGUGGAUGCUGCUCUGGGUGCUGAGGAGAUGGUGGAGAUGCUGACAGAUCGGAACCUGAAUCUGGAAGAGAAAGUGCGCGAGUUGAGGGAAACUGUGGGAGACUUGGAAGCGAUGAAUGAGAUGAACGAUGAGCUGCAGGAGAAUGCACGUGAGACAGAACUGGAGCUGCGGGAGCAGCUGGACAUGGCUGGCGCGCGGGUUCGUGAGGCCCAGAAGCGUGUGGAGGCAGCCCAGGAGACGGUUGCAGACUACCAGCAGACCAUCAAGAAGUACCGCCAGCUGACCGCCCAUCUACAGGAUGUGAAUCGGGAACUGACAAACCAGCAGGAAGCAUCUGUGGAGAGGCAACAGCAGCCACCUCCAGAGACCUUUGACUUCAAAAUCAAGUUUGCUGAGACUAAGGCCCAUGCCAAGGCAAUUGAGAUGGAAUUGAGGCAGAUGGAGGUGGCCCAGGCCAACCGACACAUGUCCCUGCUGACAGCCUUCAUGCCUGACAGCUUCCUUCGGCCAGGCGGGGACCAUGACUGCGUUCUAGUGCUGCUGCUCAUGCCUCGUCUCAUUUGCAAGGCAGAGCUGAUCCGGAAGCAGGCCCAGGAGAAGUUUGAACUAAGUGAGAACUGUUCAGAGCGGCCUGGGCUGCGAGGAGCUGCUGGGGAGCAACUCAGCUUUGCUGCUGGACUGGUGUACUCGCUGAGCCUGCUGCAGGCCACGCUACACCGCUAUGAGCAUGCCCUCUGUCAGUGCAGUGUGGAUGUGUAUAAGAAAGUGGGCAGCCUCUACCCUGAGAUGAGUGCCCAUGAGCGCUCCUUGGAUUUCCUCAUUGAACUGCUGCACAAGGAUCAGCUGGAUGAGACUGUCAAUGUGGAGCCUCUCACCAAGGCCAUCAAGUACUAUCAGCAUCUGUACAGCAUCCACCUUGCCGAACAGCCUGAGGACUGUACUAUGCAGCUGGCUGACCACAUUAAGUUCACGCAGAGUGCUCUGGACUGCAUGAGUGUGGAGGUAGGACGGCUGCGUGCCUUCUUGCAGGGUGGGCAGGAGGCUACAGAUAUUGCCCUCCUGCUCCGGGAUCUGGAAACUUCAUGCAGUGACAUCCGCCAGUUCUGCAAGAAGAUCCGAAGGCGAAUGCCAGGGACAGAUGCUCCUGGGAUCCCAGCUGCACUGGCCUUUGGACCACAGGUAUCUGACACGCUCCUAGACUGCAGGAAACACUUGACGUGGGUCGUGGCUGUGCUGCAGGAGGUGGCAGCUGCUGCUGCCCAGCUCAUUGCCCCGCUGGCAGAGAAUGAGGGGCUACCUGUGGCUGCCCUGGAGGAACUGGCUUUCAAAGCAAGCGAGCAGAUCUAUGGGACCCCGUCCAGCAGCCCCUAUGAGUGUCUGCGCCAGUCAUGCAACAUCCUCAUCAGUACCAUGAACAAGCUGGCCACAGCCAUGCAGGAGGGGGAGUAUGAUGCAGAGCGGCCCCCCAGCAAGCCUCCACCAGUUGAGUUGCGGGCUGCUGCCCUUCGUGCAGAGAUCACAGAUGCUGAAGGCCUGGGUUUGAAGCUCGAAGAUCGAGAGACAGUUAUUAAGGAGUUGAAGAAGUCACUCAAGAUUAAGGGAGAGGAGCUAAGUGAGGCCAAUGUGCGGCUGAGCCUCCUGGAGAAGAAGUUGGACAGUGCUGCCAAGGAUGCAGAUGAGCGCAUCGAGAAAGUCCAGACUCGGCUGGAGGAGACCCAGGCACUGCUGCGAAAGAAGGAGAAAGAGUUUGAGGAGACAAUGGAUGCACUCCAGGCUGACAUCGACCAGCUGGAGGCAGAGAAGGCAGAACUAAAGCAGCGGCUGAACAGCCAGUCCAAGCGCACGAUUGAGGGGCUCCGGGGCCCUCCUCCUUCAGGCAUUGCUACUCUGGUCUCUGGCAUUGCUGGUGGAGCCGUCCCUGGGCAGGCUCCAGGGUCUGUGCCAGGCCCAGGGCUGGUGAAGGACUCACCACUGCUGCUUCAGCAGAUCUCUGCCAUGAGGCUGCACAUCUCCCAGCUCCAGCAUGAGAACAGCAUCCUCAAGGGAGCCCAGAUGAAGGCAUCCUUGGCAUCCCUGCCCCCUCUGCAUGUUGCAAAGCUAUCCCAUGAGGGCCCUGGCAGUGAGUUACCAGCUGGAGCGCUGUAUCGUAAGACCAGCCAGUUGCUGGAGACAUUGAAUCAAUUGAGCACACACACGCACGUAGUAGACAUCACUCGCACCAGCCCUGCUGCCAAGAGCCCGUCAGCCCAACUUAUGGAGCAAGUGGCUCAGCUUAAGUCCCUGAGUGACACCAUCGAGAAGCUCAAGGAUGAGGUCCUCAAGGAGACAGUAUCUCAGCGCCCUGGAGCCACAGUACCCACUGACUUUGCCACCUUCCCUUCAUCAGCCUUCCUCAGGGCCAAGGAGGAGCAGCAGGAUGACACAGUCUACAUGGGCAAAGUGACCUUCUCGUGUGCGGCUGGUCUUGGACAGCGACACCGGCUGGUGCUGACCCAGGAGCAGCUGCACCAGCUUCACAGUCGCCUCAUCUCCUAAGCACUCCUUUCCCCUGCUGUCCCCUUCGACCCUCAGCCCUCUGGUGCCGCUCUGCCCGAUGCACAGCCACCUCAGCCAGCCCCCAGGUAGAAACGUGGGUUAAGCUCUUCCUGCCCCGUUCAGCUUCACUCCCACCCUUUCAGCGUCCUGCCCCUUCACCUUGACCCGGGUUCUCCCACUCCCGUUCCCUGGCCUCUGCCAUAAUUUGUUGUUCAACUGCUCCCUCCUUCCUGAGGGGCCUCAGGGCUUGUGGGGGGUAGGCUGAGACCCCACCACCAAAGGUUAAGUGAGGUCCCCUUGAUUGAGGACUUCACCCCUUGAUUAAAGCAACUUCUGCUUCA